UGGAAGAUAUUCAUGUGAAUGGAAAUGCUCUCGCAAUAAUGGACGAUACGGUUUUCUGAACACCUCUUUACGAAUCCUUACAAGAUGAUGAGAUGGAAGAAGACAUGCCCUCAGCUUCCAUUUCAAACUUCUCGGAAUAAAAGUGGAAAGGUGUCUACUUGACAAAUGACGACGAAAUUCAAAGCUGUCAUCAGCGCGAACUCUAUUGUGUUUCGCGCAAUGGCCACCGAUUCGUCAGUCAGGGUCAGUUUGUUGUCACCAUUUGGUUACAACAUUAUCGGUGUAAUUUGUGCAGUAACAACAAUUGUUUCGUUUUUGGCGAACGGAUGUGGUGUGUUCGUGUUCAUUAAAAACAAGACUCUCCGUUCACCGACAAAUUUGUUCGUGAUGGCAUUGUGUGUUUGUGACAUAUUGAUGUGUUCGUGCUCGGCCGUGGCAUGUGCCGCCAGCUUCAGCCAUGGAUGGGUGUUUGGCCAUGUGGUCUGUGUUCUUGAAGGUUUUAUGGUGUACUUCCUAGGCCUUACCUCCAUGUACCUUCUGGCCGCCAUAUCAGUUGACAGAUACAUUGUGAUUUCCAAGCCUCUCUUGUCCUAUAAGAUUACCCAUCGAGUGGCAGCCACAGCAAUCUCCUUGUGUUGGGGGUUGGGUUUCUUCUGGGCAGCUCUUCCUCUGGUAGGGUGGAAUCAGUAUAAUUUGGAAGGGGUCGGGAUUUCUUGUAGUAUUGUAUGGCAGAGUGAAGACCCCGUCAACUUCAGCUACAUCAUCAUCAUCUUUGUUUUGUGCUUCACCUUCCCCGUCUGUAUCAUGGCCUUCUGCUACGUGAAUGUGUACAUGACGAUCCGAAAUGUUGCAAGAAGUAAUGUGUGGGACGUGAAGAGUCGAGUGGCCCAAAGGAAUCUCAGACUGGAAAGGAAAUUGUUAAAAACAUGUUUUCUUAUGGUUUGCAUCUUCGUGUUCUCAUGGCUACCAUACGCCAUCGUGUCUUUCAUGUCGGCGUUUGGUGACUCCAGAGACAUUACACCUUUAAUGGCGACGCUUCCAGCUCUUGUUGCUAAGUGCAAUGGAUUAUGGAACCCUGUGAUUUACAUAGCCACGAAUGCUCAAUUCAGGAAUGCCUUCUAUGAGAUCAUUCCUUGUUCGAAGAUAGAUCUUUUAAACAAAGAUCAAGAGGAAUUGAAAUCCAACCUUACCGAUGAUGAUCACAUGACAUCCAAGAGAUCGAUUGAACCAUAUGAAUUGGGAACCAACAAUUCUAAUAGUGACAAUGUAACAUCUGAAAGAUCAAAUGAACCCGAUGAAAAGAACACAAAAGACAACCUUGCAGCGAUUGUGUUUACUUUCGAAUCGAUAAAGGAUCACACGCCUGGUCAUCCGGAAGUGCAGGAGUUGCUGCCUCGUGUGUCGCCAGUGAAUGACAGAGUUGAUCCAGAAAAAUUUGAGCUUGACGAUCUAAGUAUCACAAAUAAGAUGGAUGUGUGAAAUCGAUGUCAUUUAUAUAAUGCAGGAGUGGGUGAAACAUAAUUAUAAUAGAACCGCCAUUACUUCAAACUGAAACCUUUUAGAGGGGGUUAUUUUCCGAAUAAGGCUGUAUCGAGACUCGCUGUCGACAGCUUUACAAUGUUGAAAAUCUUUUCAUGUUGUAAGUAAUUACUAAUGCAUUCUUAUCUUACACAAACAAUCACCAAUGUUUUCAAGCUCUAAUUCGAAAAGACCAAUGGGCUAAAGCCCAUCUGUAAGUAAUGGUAUUACAUAUCAUACAGAAACAUACAUUCCAUAUAGAAAUACCAGACACUGUGUCUUCAUGUUGUGUUACAUAUUGGCCAUAAUGAUACUUACAGACGAUCGAUCGCUGUCACUACAGAUGGAAGAAUAUUCCAGUUUAGGAGUAUACCAUUAAGCAUUAUGUCUGUAACUCAGAUCACUUCCAGGAACUUAGGCUAUUGAUGACAGAAAAUAUAAUUUAUUGUAUAACUUGGAACAGCGAGAGCGUUGUGAUACAUCUUCCGUGAUAUCAUGCUUAUUGAAGACACAUCUUUUUCUGGAAAUUGUCCGCUGACUGAUCCCCUCUGGUAAAUUUUGCCAAGUUUCUCAAACUGAAGUAUCCUUAUAUUCUACUGUCUGUAUUUCACAUGCAUUAAAACCAUGUGACAGAAUAUGUGCAUUCAGUUUUAACCAAAAAAAACCUGGAAUUGUGUAGCAACGCAAGAGUACGCUUUAGAUGCGCAUAACAUAAUUAUAUUAAAAUCAUAUGAUAUCACUUGUUACAAGUUCUCAGGUCAGAUGCACACUAAUCAAUUGUCAAAUGGUUGCGUUUUCAUAUAAGGGCUAUUAUCUGUUUGUGUAGAGCCUGUUGAUGAACUGAAUAUAGAAUGAUGACUGUAUUUUGCUCAAUUUAUUUUUAAAAUAACCGCACAUGUGUAACGUGAUCGGGAUGUUAUAUGUAACAGUGACCUUGGUCAAAAGAUAUUUUGAAUUCUGUGAUAAUGUUUACAGCACUGUAGAUGUACACGUUAUUGACCUCAAACAUUGACUAUAGGUAUCUUUAUAUCUGAAACUCUAACACUUUUGAUUUCCAUUGUGUAACAUUCAUUUACGAAUGGUGCCCUCGAGGUUAAUAAUGAUGCUGGGGUGUCUACGUCCCACCUGUCUAGAAGGCACCUUCCUCAAGUUGCCAUUGUUUGCACAAUACAGCUCUUAAGUUUGGGAAUGGGAAUCGGAUAGUGCAAGCAACGUUGAUGUUCACUUCGUGAAAACCUUGCUCAUGUACGUGUAUAGGCUUGAUAUUCUCACGCAGUUGCCUAUGCAGAUCAGCAGAUCUGACCUAUCGGGAGGUCCUCCAGUAGGAGCCCUCUGGAAGCAGACGUCAUUGACAUUGCCUUUUUCUGGAAGAGCUGACGAGAGAUAUGUCCACUGUUGUGACAGUUGUUUAGUCUCUGGUUGACAAUGAUGAACCCAAUACUCACUCGUAAUAAAUUACUCAGCAAAAUCAAGGCGUUCUGUUUUGAAAACGAUGCAAAAAACUCACAAGCGAUGAUGAACGUGGUUCGUGU